GAGCAGCUGCAGAUGGUGGACCCUUUCUCCUGGAAUGGAAGGAGUAGGUGUAGGGAGGUCCCAGAAUGCAGUUCUCUAUGGGCAGCUGAGGGAGGCGAGCAAGGGACUGUUGAACCUGAAGCUGAGCAGGCAAGAGUGGAGCGGCUGGAGCAGCAGCGCAAGGCAGAGGAGGAGAGAAGGCGGCAGCUGGAGCAGGAGAUGAGAGACGUGGAACGCAGCCACCAGGAGAACAUUAGACAGGUGAAAGCCAAAAUGGAGGAGGAGACCGCCAAGAUGAGGCAGGAGACGGACAGAACCGUGGAGUGCAAGCUGAAGGAGCAGAAGAAGCUGUUGCAGCAGGGCUUCACAAUGCAAGCCAGGCUGAUGAAAGAGGAGAUGGACAGGCUGCAGAAGCAGGGAAAAGAGAGAGAGGAGAAGCUGCAGCAGCAAUUG